AUGGGACAGCGAAACACCAAAGUGAGUCCGAUGACUGUUGGAGAGGUGUACGAUCAACAUCUUAGUACACCCCCAAAACCCAGCACCAACACGGAGGUUCAACAUCCCCCUCCCCGCGAUGAGACCCCUGUUGACUACAUCUUCAGCCGCUACGCCAUUGGUGAUCAGCUGGGGAAAGGCGGUUUUGGCGUGGUGUAUGAAGGGAGACGUUUGGAUGACGAUCUUAAAGUGGCUGUGAAAUAUGUCACAAAGACUCAGCACAUGGAGUGUAUUAUCAUCCCCGAUCAUCCAAACCCUCUUCCGAAAGAGAUCGCCCUCACCAUCCUGGCCAACAAAGGUCACAGAGUGCCGGAGAUAAUCAGGCUGCUGGACUGGACGGACCACCCUGACCACUUCGUCCUGGUCCUGGAAUGUCCCUCUCCCUGCGAGAACCUGGUAGAGUUCAUGAGGCGUCAUGGUGGAAGAAUCGAUGAAGAAACGACGCGCCAGAUCAUGUGGCAGGCGACUUACGCUGCACACAAGUGCUGCCUCCGCAGAGUCUUCCACCGUGACGUCAAACUGGAGAACCUACUGAUCAACAUCGAGACAUCCGAAGUCAAGCUGAUUGACUUCGGAUGCGGGGACAUUCUGGGGACUUCACCCUACAAGUCCUACCACGGCACAGCAAAGUACUCCCCUCCAGAGUACCACCGCAGGGGAGAGUACCACGGCUGGCCAGCGACGGUCUGGUCACUAGGGGUCGUGAUGUUCGCACUGUUGUGUGGACACUUCCCUAGCGACCAUGACCUGUUGCUGCUGCAGAAGAAGCGCUGGUCCAAACCUGGCCUGUCAAAAGAAUGCUGUGACCUCCUCGGGGCUCUCCUCCAAGAAAAGCCCAUCCGGAGACUUGGUUUGGGGCAAAUCGUGUUCCACAGCUGGUUUAUGGCCCUCUUGUAGGACCGCUCCAGUUGGUGCUCUUCAUCCCUCCUCUCGCCUUUGCGUCUUGCGGGGCGAGCAGGCCUCGUGUAGCGUCUUGCGCCCCGGCUUGAGGAAGCAGUAUUUGCGUCUGGCGGUACUGCUUCCGGAGGGAUGUGUACAU